AUGCCUAACAAGUACAAACAAACUGUGGGUUCAAGGCUCUAUAAAAACUAUACAGAACACACACUACAACGUUGUUUACUUGCUGUGAAGACUAAACAAAUGACUCAACAAGAAGCUGAAAAAGCCUUCAAAAUUCCUCGGCUAACAAUUAUUAACAAAUUAAAAGCCCAUCAUGUACAGCCUGUGGGACGUCCCACUGUAUUUACUGAACCAGAGGAGAACAAUUUUGUUGGGGACAUUCAUGUUAUGAGUGAAUAUGGCUUUCCUAUUGAUAAGACUGAUCUUAAAUUUAUUAUUAAGUCUUAUUUGGACAGAAAUGGUAGACACGUUAAAUUUUUUAACAACAAUCUACUAUCUAAGAUAACAAUCCUUCAAAAGCAGUCAUUUCCAGGAUUAUUAAAAAAACUUUUGGAUGUAUUGGAACCAACAUUAAAAACUACAUUGCAAAAUGGAUUUAGGAAGUGUGAUAUAUUUCCUUGUGGAGUUGAGGAAUUAUUGAAUAGACUUCCUAAUGCUUUAAAUGCAAGUUCUAGUGUAAAAGAAUCAUUUAUUGAACAUUAA